CCCGGCCCGGCUGCCGGGUGGCAAGGGCUACAGAGGCAGAGGCGUGCGCCUGCGCGCGGCGUCUCCCGAGCCUCCCGCUGAAGGCCGCCUCCUCCUCCCCGCCCCCCGCCGGGAUCUCCGGAGCUUGCUCGGGCAUCGCACCGCAGGAGCUGGCAGGUUCGCUCCGCCGCCCCGAGCCGCAGGGCACCGGGUGGGCGGCAGCAGCCGGUAGCCCCGGCCCUGCACCGCCCCCGUAAGCGUGGCGUGGCCGCCCUCACCCCCUCGCCGUCUCCGCUGCUCGCGCCCGCUCGGGACUGGCGGGCCCGCGGCGCAUCUGCGCUCUGGGCGCGCAGCCGGCCCUGCCCUGCCCUCCGGGUGUAGCGGGCAGUCGUGCCGCGCCCCCCUCUGGCUGCGCGUCCAGCCCGCUGGCCUUCCCUUAGGGCAGCCCAGCCCCGGAGAGCCCGGCGCGCCCGGCCGGCGGCGAGAUGAGCUUCUUCGGCUUCGGGCAGAGCGUGGAGGUGGAGAUCGUGCUCAACGAUGCGGAGAGUAGGAAGCGGGCCGAGCACAAGACGGAGGACGGGAAGAAGGAGAAGUAUUUCCUCUUCUACGACGGCGAGACGGUCUCCGGGAAGGUGAGCCUCGCACUCAAGCACCCCAACAAGCGGCUGGAACACCAGGGCAUCAAGAUCGAGUUCAUCGGGCAGAUCGAACUCUACUAUGACCGCGGGAACCACCACGAGUUCGUGUCGCUGGUGAAGGACUUGGCCCGGCCGGGAGAAAUUACCCAGUCACAGGCCUUCGACUUCGAAUUCACCCACGUGGAGAAGCCGUAUGAGUCCUACACAGGGCAGAAUGUGAAGCUCCGGUAUUUCCUCCGCGCCACCAUCAGCCGCCGCCUCAACGAUGUUGUCAAAGAGAUGGACAUUGUCGUUCACACGCUCAGCACGUACCCAGAGCUGAACUCCUCCAUCAAGAUGGAGGUUGGAAUCGAGGACUGCCUGCACAUCGAGUUUGAGUACAACAAGUCCAAAUACCACUUGAAAGAUGUCAUUGUGGGGAAGAUAUACUUCCUGCUGGUGAGAAUCAAAAUCAAGCACAUGGAGAUAGACAUCAUCAAGCGGGAAACGACGGGCACAGGCCCCAACGUGUACCAUGAGAACGACACGAUAGCCAAGUAUGAGAUCAUGGAUGGAGCACCAGUAAGAGGAGAGUCUAUCCCGAUCCGGCUCUUCCUGGCGGGCUACGAGCUCACCCCCACCAUGCGGGACAUCAACAAGAAGUUCUCCGUGCGCUACUAUCUCAACCUGGUGCUGAUAGACGAGGAGGAGCGGCGCUACUUCAAACAGCAGGAAGUGGUGUUGUGGCGGAAGGGCGACAUCAUACGGAAGAGCAUGUCCCACCAGGCAGCCAUCGCCUCACAGCGCUUCGAGGGCACGACCUCCCUGGGUGAAGUGCGGACCCCCAGCCAGCUGUCUGACAACAACUGCAGGCAGUAGGCCCCCAGGGCCAAGGAGCUGCUGGGAUCCCACCCAGCGCCCCAUCUACCGGACACCAGCGGCUGGGGGAGGGGAGGAUGGUGUGAGCUCAGCUGACCCGUUACUUGCAACCUGAAAACAAAUCAUGUUUUUGACUUAAAUUCUUUUUCUGAAGAACCUUGGGGGCUUGGGCCAGGAGGCACUCUCCUUGGGGUUCUGCAGCUGGCGGAGUAGUGAGAGGUAGCAUCUUAGAAGCGAGUGUCCCUCUGGGGCAAGAGGCUCUGCAGGGGCCUCGCACGGGGCUGCCUCGCGUCGCAUAGGAAGACAGAGUGCCAGCGUCCUCGGCCCAGCCUCUGGCUUCCUGAUGCAGGAUCUGACCACGUCCCUGGGAGCCUGAGCUGCCAACGCGCCCCGGGUAGUCACCUCUUGUCCUCCCCUCUACGUCCCUGAGGGAGGGGCAGGAGUUGGGCCUGCCCCAUCCCAGGUGGCCAGGGUGAGACUCGAGAUUAGGAAGCUACCUCUUUGGGAGUCUUGGAUGUGGUGCUUUGACGUUUCCACAAGCCACCUCCUUUCUGGCCUUUCCCUCCCUGCUGGGACCCAGACACCUCUCCUCUCCAUCUUCUGUGGACUCUUGUCGGUAACAUCCCGGGACAGAGCCUGUGGAAGGGCCUUUAGCUGACUGUCCCCUCACCCACGAAAAAUCGUGGCUCAGAGACGCCCUGGGGUCAUUGUCAUGUAUGGAUGGCAGCAGUGUCAACACUGCAUGGAGCUGUCUGCCUUCCAUGUCACUCCCGUCAGCCCUGGGGGCUGUGUGGUUCUGGGGUAUUGUUCUGUGUGCCCAGCCCACAAGCCUAAACAGGGACACGUUUCCUUUAAGAACAGAUCCCAGGAAGGGGCCUUGACCCCUUACUUCCCUAAGCGUGGAUCCUCUCACUCCUUGCUCUCCAUUUACUUUGAGAAUUGGGGCUGGCUUUCAAACACUCGGACAUUUUGUUCUUACUAUUGCCCACGCCCCUCCACUCCCCACCUAACCCUCAGGAGGGCGAUGAGGACUCAGCAGGACCUGCCACAGCCUCAGAACCGGCUUGCCAAAUCAUGUCUCCCCCAGGUGACUGGCCAGGGUUGAGGACCAUUGCCGUUUUUCUUUAAAAACACUCUGGUGGGUGUUCUUGUUCCACUAGAGGGGUUCCCGCCGCUGCGCUGCCCUUGGGCCUGUUGCAGGAACAGUGUUGACAUCCUUUUCUGCUUCACCUGGAAAUGACAGGAAUUCCUCUCUUGGCCUCCCGUCCCUUCUUGGAAGACAAGCAGACCCCACUGGCCAAAAGGGCAAUAUUCGGUGGUCUCGGGUCUCUGUAAUUUGGCAAGGAGAGGGGUUGGUUGGUUCCUGUGUCAUUUUUCAGUUAGUGUGGGAAAUAGGGAUGACGCGCCUUCAAAUUUCAGUACAAUCGUGGGCCUUUGGGCAAGGCCCGAGGAUCAGGACUGAGACUAGAAAGGCAUUUCGGCUAACACUGGGGGCGGCAGCACCAAGGAAGGUGAGGUGGUUUCCCUGGGCUGGGCCCCAAGUUCAGUACAACGGACAAUCCCCUUGGGGACAGGGCCACUCGUCCAGCUGUCCCUGGAUUUGCAAGGCUGGGAUGCAAGUGUGUGGGGGAGGUGGGCUCUGUGCUCCUGGCCUUCUCUGCAGAGCCUGAGACUAGGCUCUGGUGUGCCUCCCGUAGAUGCUGUUCUAGCUGGAAAGCACCAGACAAUUCCUCUGCGUCCCCACAGACAACACAGAUCCAGCCUCCGACUUUUGUAACAUCUUAAAUCUUUCUUCUGGGAGAACUAGAAGAUAGAAUUUGCUUUUAUUCUCUCAGGACCUGUGCACAAGCUAGACCUUAAGGUUUCCUCUUACUCCGCCCUCAUUCUCCACUAAUUUGCCCAACUGUGGGGGUGAGGGGAGGCUCCUGUCCCUCCGUUACAGGUCUCCACACCUAGGAGUGCAUAGGUACUAAACCAAGCAGUGCAACUUGUAAGUAAGCAGCUGCGGUGUUUACAUGUUUCUUAAUGUAUCGUCUUUUCAAUGGCUGUAUUUUAAAAAAAGAGCGCUUGUUUCAGUCGUCUCUCUGAUUAAAGGAAGCCCUGUGCUCGGAGGCAUCGUGCCCACGGUC